AGUGCAGUGCGCACGUUAGCCACCAUCACAACACCCUCUCUCUCUCUCUCUCUCUCUCUCUUCUUUCUCUCUCUGUAACUACCACUACUCUCACUACUAGGGUUCCGAUUCCGAUGCUAUGAGUCGCCGUCCACGUCACCAACCACCACCGGCAUCCGCCACUCCUCCCCGUGAGGAUGAGCCCUACAACAUCAUCCCCGUCCACAACCUCCUCGCCGACCACCCUUCCCUGCGUUUUCCUGAAGUCCGCGCCGCCGCCGCCGCACUCCGCGCCGUCGGAGACUUACGGCGACCUCCAUUCGCGCAAUGGCGUCCUCACAUGGACCUCCUUGACUGGCUCUCGCUCUUCUUCGGGUUUCAACGGGACAACGUCCGCAACCAGCGCGAGCAUCUUGUGCUUCAUCUUGCUAACGCCCAGAUGCGCCUCACUCCGCCGCCGGACAACAUCGAUACACUCGAUGCCACCGUCCUCCGCCGCUUCCGGAGGAAGCUUCUGAAGAAUUACACCUCCUGGUGCUCUUAUCUUGGUAAGAAGUCAAACAUCUGGAUCUCUGACAACCGCCGUGCCGGCGGGGAGUCUGACCUCCGGCGGGAGCUUCUGUACGUCUCGCUUUACCUCCUCAUCUGGGGAGAGGCGGCGAACCUCCGGUUCGCCCCUGAAUGCAUCUGCUACAUCUUCCACAACAUGGCUAACGAGCUCAACAGGAUAUUGGAGGAUUACAUCGAUGAUAACACGGGGCAGCCUGUGAUGCCUUCGAUUUCCGGUGAGAAUGCUUUCUUGAAUCAUGUGGUGAAGCCUAUUUAUGAAACGAUUAGGCGUGAGGUUGAUAGUAGUAGAAAUGGAACUGCUCCUCAUAGUGCUUGGAGGAACUAUGAUGAUAUCAAUGAGUAUUUUUGGAGUAAGAGGUGUUUUGAGAAGCUCAAAUGGCCUCCUGAUGUUGGGAGCAACUUUUUCGUGACGCCGGGGACAGGGAAGCAUGUGGGUAAGACUGGUUUUGUGGAGCAGAGGUCGUUUUGGAACCUGUUGAGGAGUUUUGAUAGGCUUUGGGUGAUGCUGGUGUUGUUUCUUCAGGCUGCUAUUAUUGUUGCUUGGGAGGAGAGGACUUAUCCUUGGCAAGCAUUGGAGGAUCGCGAUGUGCAGGUCAGGGCUUUGACCAUUUUCUUCACGUGGAGUGGGAUGAGGUUUGUGCAGUCUUUGCUUGAUGUGGGGAUGCAGUACAAGUUGGUGUCAAGGGAGACAAUGGGGCAUGGAGUGCGGAUGGCGAUGAAAUGUGCGGUUUCUGCUGGGUGGAUUGUAGUGUUUGGUGUGUUUUAUGGGAGGAUUUGGGAGCAGAAGAACCAUGAUAGACGGUGGUCGCCGGCGGCGAAUACGCGGGUGGUGAACUUUCUGGAAGUUGUGUUUGUCUUCCUCAUUCCAGAGCUUCUAGCUUUGGCACUUUUUAUAAUUCCUUGGAUUAGAAAUUUUCUUGAGAAUACAAAUUGGAGGAUCUUUUACAUGUUGUCGUGGUGGUUUCAGAGCAGAAGCUUUGUUGGCCGUGGUUUGAGAGAAGGGCUUGUAGACAACAUCAAGUAUUCACUGUUCUGGGUUUUCGUGCUUGCCACUAAAUUUUGUUUCAGCUACUUUUUACAGAUCAAACCCAUGAUUGCUCCAACAAAGGCAGUGUUGGACAUCAAGAAUGUUCAUUAUGAAUGGCAUGAGUUUUUUCAUCACAGCAACAGGUUUGCUGUUGGGUUACUGUGGCUGCCAGUUGUUUUGAUUUAUCUAAUGGAUUUACAAAUUUGGUAUUCCAUAUAUUCAUCUUUUGCUGGGGCGGCUGUUGGGUUAUUGGCACACUUGGGUGAGAUUCGUAAUAUGCAACAGCUGAAAUUGAGGUUCCAGUUUUUCGCCUCUGCAAUUCAGUUUAAUCUCAUGCCAGAGGAGCAGUUAUUGAAUGCGAGAGGAACGCUGAAGAGCAAGUUUAAGGAUGCCAUCCACAGGUUGAAGCUCAGGUAUGGGCUCGGUCAGCCUUAUAGGAAGCUUGAGUCUAACCAGGUUGAGGCCAACAAGUUUGCUUUGAUAUGGAACGAGAUAAUUUUAUGCUUUAGGGAGGAGGAUAUUAUCUCUGACAGAGAACUUGAGCUGCUGGAGCUGCCACAGAACUCUUGGAAUGUCAGGGUUAUUCGCUGGCCAUGCUUUCUUCUCUGCAACGAGUUACUGCUGGCACUCAGUCAGGCAAAGGAGCUAGUUAAUGAUUCUGAUAAGAGGCUUUAUAAUAAGAUAUGCAAGAAUGAGUACAGACGCUGUGCUGUCAUAGAAGCAUAUGAUAGUGUCAAGCACUUGCUUCUUCAGAUUAUCAAACCCAAUAGUGAAGAGCAUUCUAUCAUGACUGUUCUGUUUCAGGAAAUUGAUCACUCUCUCGAGAUUGAGAAAUUCACUAAGACAUUUAAAACAACUGCGCUGCCUCAGCUCCACAGCAAGUUGAUCAAACUUACCGAGUUAUUGAACAAGCCUAUCAAGGAUCUUAACCAAGUGGUGAAUACCCUUCAGGCCCUUUAUGAGAUUUCUAUCAGAGACUUUUUCAAGGAAAAAAGAAAUCCUAAUCAGCUAAAGGAGGAUGGUCUGGCUCAACAUAAUCCUGCUUCAGGACUGCUUUUUGAGAACGCUGUUCAGUUGCCUGAUACCACCAAUGAGAACUUCUAUCGGCAGGUUCGGCGCUUGCACACAAUUCUUACCUCAAGGGAUUCAAUGCAAAACAUCCCAAUAAAUCUAGAAGCUAGACGGAGGAUUGCUUUCUUCAGCAACUCACUUUUUAUGAAUAUGCCUCAUGCUCCCCAAGUAGAGAAAAUGAUGGCUUUCAGUGUUCUAACACCUUACUAUAGUGAGGAAGUUUUAUUCAGCAAGGAACAGCUCAGAACUGAAAAUGAAGAUGGGGUUUCUAUCCUGUACUAUUUGCAGACUAUAUAUGAUGAUGACUGGAAGAAUUUUGUGGAGAGGAUGCGUCGGGAGGGGAUGGUGAAAGACAGUGAUAUUUGGACUGAUAAGAUUAGAGAUUUGAGGCUCUGGGCUUCGUACAGAGGUCAGACAUUAUCACGGACAGUUAGAGGUAUGAUGUACUACUAUCGGGCCCUCAAGAUGUUGGCUUUUCUAGAUUCUGCAUCAGAAAUGGACAUUCGUGAAGGCACACGUGAACUUGUUCCAAUGGGCAGUCUUAACUCUGAACAGUCACCUUCUUCUAAGAGCAGCCUAAGUAGAGCAAGCAGUUCAGUGAGUUUGUUAUUCAAAGGCCAUGAGUAUGGUACUGCUUUAAUGAAAUUCACAUAUGUAGUUGCUUGCCAGAUUUAUGGAACUCAGAAAGCAAAAAAAGAUCCUCAUGCUGAUGAAAUUUUGUCUCUAAUGAGAGACAAUGAGGCCCUUCGAGUUGCCUAUGUUGAUGAGAAAACUUCCGGAAGGGAUGAGAAGGAGUAUUACUCUGUUCUUGUUAAGUUUGACAAACAGUUGCAGAAGGAGGUGGAAAUUUACCGAGUAAAGUUGCCAGGUCCUUUGAAGCUAGGCGAAGGAAAGCCAGAAAACCAAAAUCAUGCUAUUAUCUUCACCCGUGGAGAUGCAGUUCAGACUAUUGAUAUGAAUCAAGAUAACUACUUUGAGGAGGCACUUAAAAUGCGAAAUCUGCUGGAAGAAUAUAGGCUGUACUAUGGCAACAGGAAACCCACUAUUUUAGGAGUUAGGGAACACAUUUUUACUGGUUCUGUUUCCUCUCUUGCUUGGUUUAUGUCUGCUCAAGAAACGAGUUUUGUCACCUUAGGUCAGAGAGUUUUGGCAAAUCCUCUGAAAGUUAGAAUGCAUUAUGGACAUCCAGAUGUGUUUGACAGGUUUUGGUUUUUAACUCGAGGUGGUAUCAGUAAGGCUUCCAGAGUGAUCAACAUAAGUGAGGACAUUUUUGCUGGUUUCAACUGUACUCUUCGUGGAGGUAAUGUCACUCACCAUGAAUAUGUCCAGGUUGGAAAAGGAAGGGAUGUUGGAUUGAAUCAAGUAUCAAUGUUUGAAGCAAAGGUUGCAAGUGGAAAUGGCGAGCAAAUCCUAAGCAGAGAUGUGUACAGGUUGGGUCAUAGGCUGGAUUUUUUCCGGAUGCUGUCAUUCUUCUACACUACAGUGGGGUUCUUCUUCAACACAAUGAUGGUGGUUCUGACAGUAUAUGGAUUUUUAUGGGGUCGACUAUAUCUUGCCCUUAGUGGCGUUGAGAGUGCAAUGGAAGAUAACAGUAGUGACAAUAAAGCACUUGGUACCAUCUUGAAUCAGCAGUUCAUCAUCCAGCUUGGACUUUUCACUGCUCUUCCAAUGAUUGUUGAGAAUUCCAUUGAGCAUGGGUUCCUUCAAGCAAUCUGGGAUUUCUUGACAAUGCAGCUCCAGCUUUCUUCAGUUUUCUAUACAUUCUCCAUGGGCACUCGUAGUCAUUAUUUUGGCCGGACCGUUCUGCAUGGAGGGGCAAAAUAUCGAGCUACUGGCCGUGGUUUUGUUGUAGAGCAUAAGAGUUUUGCUGAAAACUAUAGACUCUUUGCCCGUAGUCAUUUUGUAAAAGCAAUUGAAUUGGGGCUAAUACUUGUAAUUUAUGCAUCACACAGCCCUGUAGCAACUGACUCAUUUGUUUAUAUAGCCCUGACCAUAACUAGUUGGUUCUUAGUUGCAUCAUGGUUGAUGACACCAUUUGUGUUCAAUCCUUCUGGCUUUGAUUGGUUGAAAACUGUUUAUGAUUUUGAUGACUUUAUGAACUGGAUUUGGUACCGUGGAAGUGUGUUUGCUAAAGCUGAACAGAGCUGGGAAAGAUGGUGGAAUGAAGAGCAGGAUCACCUAAAGGUAACUGGCCUUUGGGGAAAGCUUUUGGAGAUAAUCCUAGACCUUAGGUUCUUCUUUUUCCAGUAUGGAAUUGUCUACCAGCUAGGCAUUUCUGCUGGAAGUACCAGUAUUGGUGUUUACUUACUAUCUUGGAUUUAUGUGAUUGUUGUAUCUGUGAUCUAUGCGGUGAUAGUGUAUGCCCGGAACAAAUAUGCAGCAAAGGAGCAUAUAUAUUAUCGGCUGGUCCAGUUUCUUGUCAUAAUUCUUGCAAUUCUCUUGAUAGUUGCUUUGCUGGAGUUUACUCAAUUCAAAUUCGUGGAUGUCUUUACUAGCCUGUUGGCAUUCCUUCCCACAGGGUGGGGCCUGAUAUUGAUUGCCCAAGUAUUUCGACCAUUUUUGCAGUCCACAAUCAUUUGGGAUGGUGUUGUUUCAGCAGCUCGUCUAUAUGAUAUAUUGUUUGGAGUCAUUGUUAUGGCACCUGUGGCAUUACUAUCGUGGUUACCUGGAUUUCAGAAUAUGCAAACCAAAAUUCUUUUCAAUGAAGCAUUUAGCAGGGGCCUCCGGAUAUCCCAGAUUAUUACAGGGAAAAAAUCCAAAGUUUGACUGUGACUCCAGGAUAUAUAGAGGGGCUAUGGAAGUUGAGAGGCUCAAACUUGCUUUGUUCUCCCGAUUUUCCUCUGGGCAUGUGAGGGCUGUUGUUAGAGUUGAUGGUUGUGACUAUAUUUUGUUUUUAUUCGUUGGCAUGGGGAGAACAUUAUUUUUUGCUUUCCUUUGAUGGUCAUUGUAAUUAGCCAAUUUUCAUGUUUAAAAUUAGUUUUGAUCA